GAACCCGAUGCCAGCUCGAAAACGACGGCACUAAGUCUGCAAUCGACUGCCUGCGUCACGCAUAUCUUAUCUCGCCGAUAAAGUAAAGAGAUGGAGGGCUCGGAUGAGGCGAUAAGGGCGUCGCGAACUGUUAAGAUCAUCGACUGUGUUCGAAAGCAAGACAUUCUCGCCGAAAACGAGUCGAGAGAACAUCUCCGGCUACUGUCUCUCGAUCCAAGCUCGAAACAAGGAGACGCAAACGAGUUGACAAUCAUGGAGUUGGUCAAGAGUUUCGCCGCUGGCUCUAUCAGCGCAAGUUUCUCAUCGGUUCUCCUCCAGCCCCUCGACCUCGUGAAAACUCGCUUGCAGCUCCAUCGGAACGUCGAGCGGAACCUAGUCACGCACAUGACCCACAUCGCCAGGACGGAGACAGUCAGAGGUCUCUGGCGAGGAACUGCCGCGAGCGUCGUGCGGAGCGUCCCAGGAGUCGGCAUGUACUUCGCGACGAUCCACAGCCUCAAACUUGCGACGGGAAUAACUCAUCCGAGUCCUACUGAGGCCCUCGUACUAGGCGUAGUCUCCCGCUCGUUCGCGGGAACGAUGCUCCUGCCCGCAACCGUAAUCAAGACCCGCUUCGAGAGCGGCAUCUACCCGUAUAGAUCGAUGGCGCACGCCGCUCGUUCGAUUUACGCCGCUGAGGGAUUCCGGGGUCUCUACUCGGGAUUGCUGCCCACCCUGGCCAGGGACGCGCCUUAUUCGGGCUUGUACUUGUUCUUCUACACCCAACUGAAGGAUGUCGCAUACGUCCAUGUAAUUUCGCCGGACAGUGACUUCCGAGAUGCUGCCAACUUUUUCUGUGGAGUUCUUGCCGGUUUAACAGCAUCGCUUGUGACCCAGCCGGCAGACGUGUUGAAAACGAAAAUGCAAUCGAACCCGUCGAAGUUCCCCACGGUGCGACAUGUGGUCGUGUAUAUUGCGGCACACGAAGGCGUCCAGGGAUACCUCAGCGGACUCGCACCUCGACUUCUGCGGCGAACGCUCAUGUCUGCCUUCGCGUGGACCUUCUACGAAAAGUUAAGCCAGCGGUUCUUGAAGUGAUCUGGCUGCGAGACC